AAAAAAAAAAAAAAAAAAAUGCGCCAAAAAGACUCGCCACAAAAGAUCCCCCGCCUAACCAGCCCAACAACACCCGCAGCCCGCUGGCAAGCCGUCGUCAACAGAGACACAACAGCCACCACCUUCGUCUACGCCGUGCUAACCACAAAAAUCUACUGCCGGCCCUCAUGCCCCGCCCGGCUCGCCCGACGCGCCAACAUCCAAUUCUACGACACCCCCAGCCAAGCCGAAACAGCAGGCUUCCGGCCCUGUAAGCGCUGCAAGCCAGAAGGCUUACAGGCGGUUAACCCGCAGACGCGAUUCAUCGAAACCGCCUGCCAAAGGAUCCGGUCAGCCAUCAAGGAUGGUAGUGCCCGGCCGACGCUCCGCGAACUGGCGGACGAGGCGGCCCUCACGCCGAGCCAUUUCCAUCGCGUGUUCAAGAAGAUGACGGGCGUGACGCCCGGUCAGUACGCCACGUUUGUCGUCCACCGCGAAGGCAAACAGGUAUCAUCGCCGGACCAGACUGUUUCAGAGGGGGGUGGGAAGAGGGCGGCUUUGCAGUCUUGCGGGUUGCGUGACCCUCCGUGUCUGUCUGCCGUGUUUGACGACGGCGGUCUCGUUGGGCUUGGCGAGGAGGAGGGAGUCUUGUGGAAUGACUUUGAUGCUUUGAUAGCCGCGGAGCUGGAGUAUAGCUCCCAGCCGUGCGAUGCACUGCCUCUGCCUCUGGACGAGGUUGGUCUGUAUCCUGCGGUUAAUUCUCCGGGUACGGUGGCCUUAUGUGAUCUAGACGGCUUGGUCGACGGUCUGCCCCAUCUGGGACAAGUCUCCGAGCCGCUGGUGUGAUCUGUUUCGCGUGAUGCAGCGGGUGUCUUUUUAUAACUGUCUUUCGUUGGAGCGCCGGGCGUUUUUCGAGGUUUCGUCUAUUCUUAGAUAUGUGGGUUUGAACUCCGGGGAGUUGGGUCCUGUUUGAUGCUGUGGGUUGGGUUUCGCGAGGCCCUGCAUGGUACAUGUCUAUUAUGUGGGGAGGGGAGUAAUCUGCUUGGCUCAUGUGUACACUGUACAGCCAUAUGUGUGUCCCAUGUUGAUCCCUGAUCUACGGAUUCGAGCAGCAUUGUUGCCAUAAUACCUUCUAGAAAGUAGAAACUAUUGGUUCAUCAGCACAAGAUGCCAAUACUGUAUACUACGGCAUCUGUGCACGUCCC